AUGGCGGAUCUUCUCCUUCAGACGCACAAGGCUCCUAGCCUCUAUGGUGCAGAGACCAAAGCGUCAACUACUCCCGAAAAAAAAACAGAGAAGCUGUCACCUUAUCAAUGCGGAUGUCGCACACUUCAAAAGGCUGUCUCGAGAACCUUGAGGGAUGUCAACAACGCCAUUUUGUACUGGAAGGACGGUCUGACCCCUGAGGAACGUGAGUGCAUGUUUCUACGGGACCAGAGGAAGGGCGUUCUUUCUCUGCGCUUGAAGACUGCCGAAAAAUAUGCAGAUUGGAAAGCUGCUGCUUCGGAACUUGAUACACUGGACGGUAACGACAAGUGGAAGAAUGAUGCAGUAGCUGGCGCAUACGACUUUCUUCUCAUCCAGGAGCGCUUGCGUGCGCUUGACGAAGCCCGACUGACUGGCGACGUUCGGACCAUGAUGUACCUUAUUCGAACAGAGCUGAGUCGAGAUCUAGGAGGCAUGGACAACGUUGACUUGUACCGCCAUUGCCACGUUGGCACCAAGAAGCUCAUAGAGCGCUACGUCGACUCGGCUAUUCAAACCAUCGAUGCUCUGGUCGCUCAGAGCGCAGUCAAGACCCACCACACAUUGCACGUCCGAGACCUCCUGGAAGCCAUGUUGUAUUCGCGACAGAGUUUUGGUCGCAGUGCCUUGUUGCUUUCGGGGGGCGGCACCUUUGGCAUGACGCACAUCGGGGUAUUGAAGGCGCUGUUCGAACACCAGCUCCUCCCGCGCAUCAUAUCUGGUGCCAGUGCAGGCAGUAUUGUCUGCGCCGUCAUGUGCACGAAAACAGACGAGGAGAUACCCGAGCUCAUCAGGGACUUUCCAUACGGCGACCUGGCCGUAUUCGAAGCAGAGGACAGCAAAGUCGGCGUGCUUGGCCACCUGCGACGCUUGUUGACCGAAGGCAGCUGGUCAAACAUUGAAAAUCUCACCAGAGUAAUGCGCGGCAUGAUGGGAGACAUGACUUUCCAGGAAGCGUACAACCGAACCCGCCGCAUCCUCAACAUUUGCGUUUCCACGUCGUCCAUCUACGAGCUUCCCCGGCUGCUCAACUAUGUUACUGCGCCCAACGUCAUGAUUUGGUCCGCAGUCGCUGCGUCGUGCUCUCUUCCUCUGGUCUACACCUCCUCGCCGUUACUGGUCAAAGACCCCAUCACUGGCGGGCAUCACCCAUGGACACCAACUCCGCAGCACUUUAUCGACGGCUCUGUCGACAACGAUCUCCCCAUGACUCGCUUGGCUGAAAUGUUCAACGUGAAUCACUUCAUCGUCUGCCAAGUCAAUCCUCACGUUGUCCCGUUCUUGUCGAAAGAUGACGUCUUGUCGCAAGAACACAGAACGCAGAAAUCCCCCGCUUCGCACUCAGACGAUCUGGACUGGGCGUACACGCUGAGUACCUUGGCAAGGGACGAAGCACUGCACCGACUUCACUUUCUGGCCGAGCUGGGCAUAUUUCCCAACCUCAUGACCAAGUGUAGGGCAAUACUGAGUCAAAAGUAUUCGGGGGACAUAACCAUCCUGCCCGAAAUCGCCAUGAAUGAUUUGCCGAAGCUUCUCAGCAACCCUACCGUGGAUUUCAUGUUGCGAUCGUGCGUGGCGGGUGAAAGGGCAACCUGGCCGCGACUAAGCCGCAUUCGCGACCGAUGUGCCAUUGAGCUUGCCCUGGACCGCGCCGUCCAUAGUCUCCGAACUCGCGUCGUCUUUUCCGAAAGUCAGCGGAACCUGCGCGCGCUGAGCACGGGCAUGGGAUACAUGCAAACCAACAUGAUGCCUGCGAUUACCUUGCGGUCACCACCUGUUGUUGCUGGGUACGCCGUGGCUGGUGCAGGUCAAGUCCGCAGGCGCCGUCGGUCCGGUGGCAGCGUGCAAGCCUUGUGCGACGCGCGGCUGGGCUUCGACAUGGCGGUCACAGACGAGGACACUGCCGCCGAGGAGCGCGAUGAGUUGCUGUCGCGAAGCCAAACCGGAGUCAGCGGCUCCUCCUCGGGGUCUCACCGCAAGCCACGACUAAAACGAUCAAGCAGGAGCGUAAUCAACGUGUCCCAACACAAGGCGCUGCCCACCACAGCUGCUUCUGGGCAAGAUAUACGCGCCGUCCCGGAGUUCAACUUUUCGCGGCCGCUCUCACGAGCCGGAAGCAAGAUCGGGCCCCUGCGACGCAGCACAAGCAGGGACGGCCGGCUGCAAGCAGCAGCAGCAGCAGCAGCAGCAGCAGCGCCAACCGUGUGGGCGGAGCGGAUUUCCGCCCUGGUCCGAGGGGAAGCGACCUCUCCUACGGAUGAUGUGGAAACCAGCGAGCAAGGUCACUCGAGCGAUGCGGACGCAGAGUUGGCAACAGAGGAAAGUGACCCGGAUCCAUACGACACAUCCUCAUGGGAUCUCUUUAUGGACAAGGGACGGCGGAAGGAGAGUAGGGGGGCCAGGCCAAGAAAUGCCUAA